UAAACCCUCUUCAGAAUUCAGAUAAAGGCCGAGUCCAUGGCCCAACUUUCAAAGUUUCGUCACUGUCUCUUCCCUUCUCUCUCUUCUCCCUUCUUCUCCAAACCCUCCCUCCAAUUCCACUCUCUCAUAACCGCCUCCGCCAAACCACACCGUUACAACCUCCGCACUAAAACCACCACGCCGAUGGACCCCACCUUCAACAAGCGAAGGGCCCAAGGCAGAGACGCCUCCAAGAAGGACCUGCCCCUCAAAGUUCGCAAGCUUAACCCUAUCAAUACCAUAUCCUACCUUCAGAUAUUGGGGACUGGAAUGGAUACUCAAGACACCUCUCCUUCCGUUCUGCUUUUCUUCGACAAUCAGAGGUUUAUAUUUAAUGCUGGCGAGGGAUUGCAAAGGUUUUGCACGGAGCAUAAGAUUAAGUUAUCAAAGAUAGAUCACAUUUUUCUUUCUCGUGUAUGUUCUGAGACCGCGGGCGGCCUUCCAGGUUUACUGCUUACUUUGGCUGGCAUGGGAGAAGAGGGGAUGUCUGUUAAUAUAUGGGGCCCAUCAGAUUUUAAGUAUUUAGUAGAUGCCAUGAGAUCUUUUAUUCCCAAUGCUGCCAUGGUUCACACAAAGAGCUUUGGUCCCAUCUUCAACACUGAUGAACCCACUGUGCCACAUCAAAGCAAGCUUUUGGACCCCAUUGUUCUCAUUGAUGAUGAGGUGGUCAAAAUAUCAGCCACUAUCCUACAACCAAACUGCAUUGAAACCCUUGACUCCCCCAAUGGCAAAAAGAAACCUGUUGCCAAACCCGGUGAUAUGUCUGUAGUAUAUGUUUGUGAACUGCCUGAAAUCAAGGGAAAAUUUGAUCCAGAGAAAGCUAAAGCCCUUGGUCUCAGACCUGGGCCAAAGUAUCGUGAACUGCAACUUGGAAACUCGGUGAAAUCUGAUCACCAGAAUAUCAUGGUUCAUCCAAGUGAUGUCUUGGGUCCUUCUGUUCCUGGUCCCAUUGUACUCCUUGUGGAUUGCCCAACAGAAUCCCAUUUGGAAGCAUUAUUGUCUGUACAAUCACUUAAUAGCUAUUGUGAUCAACUGGACAACCUACCAGAGGGUGGUAAGGUUGUCACUUGUGUAAUUCACCUAACUCCUGCAUCUGUUGUGAGUUGUUCAAAUUACCAAAAAUGGAUGAGGAAAUUCGGUUCUGCACAACAUAUCAUGGCUGGACAUGAAAAGAAGAAUGUAGAGAUUCCUAUUUUGAAAGCUAGUGCAAGAAUUGCAACGCGGCUUAAUUACUUGUGUCCUCAGUUCUUUCCAGCUCCAGGAUUUUGGUCUCUUCCUAAUCAUAAUAGCUCAAAAAUUGGCUCUCUUGCUUCAAGUGAGGGUUCUUUCUCAGAAAUUUCUGAAGUCAUUUCUGCUGAAAAUCUUCUUAAGUUUACUUUGCGUCCUUUUGCUCAUCUUGGGUUGGAUAGAUCUUAUAUUCCUACUACGGUGGCUACCUCAGAAAUCAUUGAUGAGUUACUGUCAGAGAUUCCUGAGGUUUCAGAAGCAGUUAAGCAUGUGAGUCAGCUCUGGCAAGAAUCUAGUCAGACAAAGGAGGAUUUAACUCCUGUGGUGGAUCGUAAGAUGAUGAUUGAGGAACCUUGGCUAUGUGCAAAUGGUAUUCCUGCUUGUUUGGAAAAUAUAAGGAGAGAUGACUUAGAGAUAGUUCUUCUUGGAACUGGUUCAUCCCAGCCAUCAAAAUACCGAAAUGUGAGCUCAAUAUAUAUAAAUCUUUUCUCAAAAGGAGGUUUACUCUUGGAUUGUGGUGAAGGAACCUUGGGACAACUUAAAAGAAGAUAUGGUGUUACUGGUGCUGAUGAUGCUGUGAGAACUUUAAGGUGCAUUUGGAUUUCACAUAUUCAUGCUGAUCAUCAUACAGGCUUGGCCAGGAUUCUUGCUCGGCGCUGUGAUUUGCUGAGGGGGGUGCCUCAUGAACCAGUGCUUGUUAUAGGACCAAGGCAGCUUAAGAGAUAUUUAGAUGCAUACCAAAGACUUGAAGAUUUAGAUAUGCUGUUUCUCGACUGCAAGCAUACCACAGCAGCUUCAUUGGAUGCUUUUGAGGAUGAUUUCCAAGGAAACUUGGCUAGUUCUCAGAACCUGAACAAUAAUAAUGGGGACUCAAAUGCAUCAAAAGUUGAUUCAACUUUGUUUGCUAAAGGAUCUCGUAUGCAAAGCUAUUUUAAAAGACCAGGUAGUCCUGUUGACAAAGAUGCAGUCUCUCCUAUCCUAAAGAAAUUCAAGGAGGUAAUCCAGGAAGCUGGUCUGAAGGCCUUGAUUAGUUUUCCCGUUGUACAUUGCCCACAGGCAUUUGGUGUAGUUUUAAAGGCAGAAGAGAGGACUAAUAGUGUCGGAAAAGUGAUACCAGGCUGGAAGAUUGUAUAUUCUGGUGACACAAGGCCCUGCCCAGAGCUAAUAGAAGCAUCUCGUGGUGCAACAGUUCUUAUACAUGAGGCAACUUUUGAGGAUGCUAUGGUAGAGGAGGCUAUAGCAAGAAAUCACAGCACCACAAACGAAGCCAUAGAAAUGGGAGACUCUGCUAAUGUAUAUCGAACCGUACUGACCCAUUUCAGCCAAAGAUACCCUAAAAUUCCUGUAUUCGAUGAAACGCACAUGCAUAAAACAUGUAUUGCAUUUGACAUGAUGAGUAUCAAUGUAGCUGAUUUGCAAGUGCUUCCCAAGGUUCUUCCUUAUUUGAAAUUGCUUUUCAAAAAUGAAAUGAUGGUUGACGAGUCAGAUGAUGUGGUAGAAGCUGCUGUGACUUCAGCUUCUUGAUACAAUGACCCCAUUGUAUUAUUAAUUUUUAUUUUUUAAAUUAUGAUUAUAUGCUGUACAAUAUGGUAGCGUUCUUUGUUAGAUUGCCCUUGCAGUUCGCCCAACUUCAUUUUUUUAGGGGUUAUUACGUUCUGACCGCUGUUGAAUCAUUUGUUAAGGCAUGUACCAAACACAACACUAUUUGUCGAAGUUAAUUUAGCAUUGUAUUUAAUGAUUUUUUCAGAUA